UUUUUCCUCUUUUUGUUCUUUGUCCUCCCACGGAACCGAAACGUUGGAAAGUUGCCACACAAAACAGUUCCACACGUUUCCUCUUCGCAUCGCCCGAAGCGAAAUCUCACCCAAGAAACCACAACUUGCGAAAUCCCAAAACCAAGACCAAGGCCUCGUAAUCUCGAGUUCUUGUCUGCUUUCUGUGUUUCGCCCCGCGCCGACCGUCGUGAGUUCUUGUUCACUCCCUCCCUUCGGCGGCCUCCCCCUCGCGCCACCGCUUCCCCGUUUGCGUUUUCUUGAUACGCAGAGCGAGUCAUGGGAGCUUCCAGAUAAAGCUCGCACGCCACCCAUACGGCAGGGCAAUAUAAUAUCCCCUACAGCCCAGCACCCAUCGUUGUCUUGCCAUUCUUUUAUUGCCCAUAAUCUGUACUGCAGUAUCAUACAGCCUGUGCCCCCUCCCGUCUUGAAGAUUACUCUUGCAGCCUCGUUCCAAGCCAAACCCAUCAACGCUUUCUUCCCAGACUUGCGUGAACCCUCUCUCUCUCUCUCUCUCUCUCUCUCUGUUGUUUGAUUUCCCGCUUGGGGUACCGUACACUCUUCCAUCUCUCUGGCAGCGUCAAUGGCUUCUCUAACCCCGGCGCCUCACUCCACCUGCUUCUUAAGCAACACCCAGUUGAAAUCGCCUCCUGCCCAGGUUCUCUUUCCCCUCGCGAACGCUAGCCUAGGGACUAGUUUCUUGCAAAAAGGGUCCUUUCGGGCGGUUCGCAGAGUCGCGAAGAUGCCCCCGAAGGCGGUGGUCGUCGCGGCGACGACGACGGAGAAGCCGAAGAAGAGGUACCCCGGGGAGGCGAAGGGGUUUGUGGAGGAGAUGAGGUUUGUGGCCAUGAAAUUGCACACGAGGGAUCAGGCCAAGGAAGGAGAGAAGGAGGUGAAGGAGCCCGAGGAGAGGUCGGUGGCGAAGUGGGAACCGAGUGUUGAUGGGUACUUGAAGUUCCUGGUGGACAGCAAGUUGGUGUAUGAUACGCUUGAGAGGAUUGUGGAGGAUUCUGCUUUCCCUUUCUAUGCUGAGUUCAGAAAUACUGGUUUGGAGAGGUCAGAAAAACUGGCGAAGGAUCUGGAGUGGUUCAAAGAGCAAGGUUAUAACAUUCCUGAACCUUCUUCACCCGGGGUGACAUAUGCCCGUUAUCUCAAAGAAUUGUCUGAGACAGAUCCUCAAGCAUUCAUCUGUCACUUCUACAAUGUUUACUUUGCCCACAGUGCUGGUGGUCGGAUGAUUGGGAAAAAGGUGGCUGAAAAGAUACUUGAUAACAAGGAAUUGGAGUUCUAUAAGUGGGAUGGUGAACUUCCCCAACUAUUGCAGAAUGUGAGGGACAAGCUGAACAAAGUCUCUGAAAGCUGGACCAGAGAGGAGAAGAACCAUUGCUUGGAAGAGACUGAGAAAUCAUUCAAGUACUCUGGCGACAUUCUUCGUCUGAUACUGUUGUGAUGCGCGUAUGACAACCAAAUGUUGUACCGAUCUGUUGUAAGUAAUGGGGCAAAAAGCCUGACAGUUUACAUUUGUGUUUGGCCCUGCACAAUUUCUUUGCAAACCGCAAGCAAGUCCCUGGAUUUGUUGGUUUUAACCUGUCAAAUGUGACCCCUGAAUUCUUUUCCUCACGCGGAGCAUAAGGUUCUGCUGUACAUAACUUUUCACAUUGAAAAACUUGGCUAAUCUUUUCUUGAUUUAUGAAGCUAAUGUCUCCCUAUAUGCGGGAGACAUGGAUUUCGUUUA